CCUUUGGGGCAACUAGAGAACUGGAGUCAUCAACUGAAGUAGAACUAGAAGACUGACAGAAAAGGCAUAACAGAAGUGAGGAACUCAGAAGAUAGGGUAGCAGUUUAAGAGAUGGUGAUUCCAAAGGGACAGAUUGGGAGGUACAUCUUUAUCUACAGCUGGGGGGAUGUUCAAGCUAUAGGUGUGAAAGAACAAAAAGAUCAACAUCUUGGGGAGCUAGGAAAAGCAAUUUUUUAAAAGACAGUCUUUAUAUCCUCCUAGGAAAUCCCAAAAAGUGUGUGUAGGAGAAAGAAGGUAAUGGUGGACCCUCUGUUGGGGGAGGAGGAAAACUGUGAUUCAGUCUCAUCGAGAGAAGAGGUGCUGUUAGAAGACCUUUCCAUACCUUAAGUGGGGAGAUGACUGAAAAUUGGCACAUUUAUACUUGGAAUUGUCCUUGAAAGCAACUAAUGGCUGAGAUAAAAGUUUCUCUCCCUCUGGUUCAAAUAGUACAUUUGUCCUUCACCCACUUUCACUCCCUCUCCCUUUACAGCACCUUCAGCCCCAGAGAUGUUCCACAGACUGCUUCGUCUAAACUCAGUUUCAUCACCUUACCUAUUUUUCAACUUUGCCUUUUCUCCUCAAGAAUACUGCUGCUUGCCUUUGACUCCUCAGGGGGUGGAGCAAAUGAUUUCCUUCCUGGAUGGGGCAGUCUAUGGUCAGUGUACAAGAGUUGCUAUAGCAACCCCACAGCUGUGCUCUGCCAAGCAGAAACUCGGGAUCAGAAAAUUAGUAAAUGCAAACCAUGGAUGAAAGUUACAAGAUUGUUUCCACAGAAAGGAUCCAGGUGUUGGAAAAAGAACUGGCUGUGCAAUUGACAGAACUGAAGUCUGAGGUAGAAAAACACGGGACUCUUCAGGGGUCAACUCAUCGAGCUUACAGCUCUGUUCGAAUGCCAAAGGACAUUUCUUACUUUAGAAGAGAAAGGGAACUGGCUCUAAAGAAAACUUUACAGGUGGCUGAGUCAAAACCCCUUGUUAUUCAAGCAGAUGUCAUGCAGAGGGAGCUAGAGAGCUGCCUAAGGAGAGAGUACACUCCUGAAAAUUUACCUUUGCUUCUGUUGCAGAAACAAGUUGCCUACAUUAUGCAGGAGUACAAUGAUGCCCUUCAGAGAGCUGAUAGAUUGUCUGUUGCACGAGAAAACUUCCUUAUGGGAAAAAACAAUCCUCCUAACUUAGUGGCACAGGAAGACCUGACUGUUUACACAAAUUGGUUAUUGUGUCACCUACACUCACUCAUGACUAUCCACCACUACCUGCAGGCCCUCCAGUAUUUGCCCAUCUCCAAAGUGCUGAGUGUAGCUGUUGACGAAGUCCCCAAGGUUGGUCAGGAAAAUGAAACGGUCCCUGUCAAUGACAUUGACCCUGACAUCCAGGGUUCUGCAUCUCCAGGCUCUAUGAAUACCAGCGUUUCAGGGCCAACAAGAACAGAAGCUGCUUUCUUUCUGCCUCAACACACAACAGAAACAGAAGAACUGAAACCUCAGCUGAGGCUCCUGCUCUCCCAUUUCUGUAUCCCAUAUGACAUUGAAGAACUAAGGGAUGCUUCUAAGGAGAUAGAACAUUUUUCCUUGGUACUUUAUGGAUUCUUUCUUAAUACAAAUAUAGGUGUUCAUAAAAGAAAAUACUAGUAUUUGCCACAAAGUUGAAUAUUCAUACUGCCACAAUUGUUUCUAGAGUGAUAAAAUGUAAUAAGUGAGAUUUAGACUAGCAGUUGAACUUUCUCUCUGUAAGAGUUAUGAGACCCUUGAAUAUCCAGCCCAGAGAGAUUGUAGGAUUAUUUUUCAGUGGAACUUAAAGAAAAUGGUAGGUUAAUAAUAAUAAGUUUUCAACCAGAGUUUCAACAAUAAAGAUAUUUUUCUAGCUCUGGUUGUAUAAUAUUUGUAAAUAUAUAUAUUUUCUAGGUAAAAAUAGUAAGUUGAUUAAUCCAAAAAGUCAAAGAUCAAAUCUGUAUGUUUGGGGCUUCCCUGGUGGCGCAGUGGUUGAGAAUCUGC